AUAAAACAACAAACAAUAAACAAUGUUGGCUGCCCAGAAGUUGGUUAACGUUCCCGUGUUUCUGGUGUGCAUGUUUGUCCUCACAGUCGACGCUUCGCUUUCUUCGGUUUACAGGUUUUGCUUCGAUCCAUGCCUUGCCCCUUGCGUAGAGUCAGGAAAAACCCUCAUCGUAUGCAAUAAAAAAUGUGAAACCGAAUGUACCGCCAAGGCGUAUAAAGUAGCAAAGUCUCAAAUUGGCGGCGAGGACAAGCAGUUUAAGGAGGAGGAGAAGGAACUUAAGGACUUUAAGAAGCAGCAGAAGAAGGAACUUAAGGCCUUGGGAAAAGAAGUUAAGGAAUUUAAGGACAAGCAAUGUAAGGGCGUUAUGGACAAGCAAUGUAAGGACGAGGACAAGUUGUGUAAGGAAAAGCAGAAGAUCUGUAAGGACGGGGGCAAGCAACUUAAGGACGAGGAAAAGCAAUAAUUAAGGAUGGGGGGACAAGCAAUUUAAGAAUGUACUAGUAUUGUUGUUCAUGGAUCUUACAAAAUGCAAUGAAAUCCCCCUUCACUA